AUGGAAAAAAACACCGGAGCGCCGUGCGCAAAAGGGGCUUGGGCGUUCAAAGCGGCGCGCUUUUGGACCGUCUUUCACCCCGCGAACGCCGACUCGGCUCCCUGUUCCGGAAGCCGGCGGAGGGAGCGACCGCGGUUCUUGCGGAAUGGGCCCGCUUCGUGCUUGCGCAGAGAGCGCUUCUCACCCGGAAGCCGCAAGGGCGCUUUGACCUCGUCGCCCGAUCGGGAACUUCGGAACAUUGUCAUUACUUUUUGCGGCGCUCGGCCGCGCCCUAUUUUGAAAAAAACGAUACCGACUGGCUUCACCUGCACGCGAGCGCGUGCAUUUGACCUCCAGACUAUUAGCGCACUGCACGAAAGAACAGUCGGUGAACAAGAUGAGAGAACCAUGUCGAGACCGAGAGAGCAAGUAGAAUUAACACUCAGCAAGAACACCUACACGCAGC